AUGGCUCCAUUCUCAUCCAGGUCUACUUCGCCUGAACAGGAUGCUGUACUUCUCGAGAUCAAAAGGCCCAUAUUCUCCAACAAAAUAAGCGCGAGCCUGUACUUGUACGCUGCUAAACUCAGCGUCGGAGUUCCUGUCAAUUUCCGUUUGAAAUACCACUCAAAAACGCCAUAUUCGCUGGUGCACGAGGAGGAAGACUCGCGAGGUGAGGAGCUGUACUGUGUGUACCAGGAGCUGUGGUUAGACGGUGCCAAGGUUGAGCUGGAGGCGGACCUGUGGUUUUCUCAGUCGGUCAAGGCCAACGAGGAGCGCGUGCGGGCCUUUGACAAGGCGGUCGGAUAG